AUGGGAUGUUACGCGAGGUAUGAAGAGGCUGUGAGCAAACUCUUUGCCAAAUACGGGGCCUUCGUUUCCAAAUAUCCCUGGCCAGUUCUAAUCUGCUCUAUAUCAGCGAAUCUGCUUCUUGGAGUCGGUUUGUUACGUUUACAGAGUGAGGGCAGCACAGAAGUGUUGUAUACACCCUUAAACAGUCAAGCCAUCAUUGACCGUGACAAGGCUAGAAGUUUAUUUGAGAUGAAUUAUAGGGAAAAUUUCGAUCCUCUGGCACAAAUUGAAGUUAAUUUUCCAACAGAAAUCCUUUUUCGAACCAAGUUAGGCGAAAAUAUCCUUCAAAAAAAGUAUAUUGACGAAAUAAAAGAUAUUGAUAACUUUAUACAAAAUUCUAUUUCUAUCUUGUCAAAUGUAACUCUGAUUGACGUGUGUGCCAAAAGAAGAGGAUCUUGCUUGGUAUCAGGUGAACAAAUUAUCACUGAUAUAUUUUUGACUGCAUUCAACAAAGGACGGGUUUCUUUCCCAGUGUAUGAGAGAAGAGACAUUUCCCGGAGCCUGGGCGAAGCACGCCAUGUGAACAGAACUUUGAUAUCUGCCGGCUUGAUCCGUUUGCAGUAUUCCCUUCUCCUUAACAACGAAACAGCUAAACUAUGGGAAAGAGAAUUUAUUUCAAAAAUGAAAACCUAUGAAUCAUCAAUUCUGGAUAUCGCGAUAUCAACGUCCCAGUCACUGGAUAUCGAACUCGACAGUAACGUGUCGGGAGAUAUCCUUUGGAUAUCACUCACCUUUACAAUUAUGUUAACCUAUGCUUCAUUUGCAACAACUGGCACACGGAUCAACUGCAUUGCAGACCGCUCGAAUUUGGGUCGAGCAGGUGUUCUGGCUACAGUACUGGCAAUCCUGGGUUCUUUUGGACUGACAGCAGCCAUUGGAGUGGAGUAUGUUUCCCUAGUGGGUGUCAUGCCGUUCCUUAUAUUAGGUAUCGGGUUAGACGACGUCUUUAUUUUGCUCUCGGGUCUGGCAGAUGCACCACUCACCGGAAGUGACGGAACACCUACAACCAUCCAGCAACGGAUCUCCUUUGCCAUGGCAACCAGCGGUGUCUCAAUUUCUAUCACGUCUUUGACAGAUUUUCUAGCCUUUGGCAUAGGAUCCAGCUCAAUUUUUAUUAGCAUAAGGAAUUUUUCAAUAUAUACAGGAGUCGCCGUGUGUUUCUGUUACAUGAAUCAGCUGACUUUGUUCGUGCCUUGUAUGGUUAUUAACGAACGACGAGCUGAAAAUUCACGACACGCCUUCACUUGUUUGAAAACGAAAUCCAAAGAAGAACUGAAAGAAGAAGGGCGAUCCACCCUGUUCCAGUGCUGUUGUGCUGGGAGACCCGCUAACACUCCGGAAGAUUACAGCAACUUCAUUCAGAAAUACCCGACCAAGUUUUGUCAAUUCUUAGUGGGUAAUUUUGUUGGAAAGAUUUUCAUUUCGUUAGUGUUUCUGACGUAUUUAGGGUUCUCCAUUUAUGGAAGUUUGAAUCUUCAGCAAGGUCUUGAACUACAAAAUCUCGUUUCAGAAAAGUCCUACUUGUACAAGUAUAAUGUUUGGAACAAGCAGUAUUUUGACGAAGUGAUACCAGUUUCGUUCAAUUUUGACAAAACACUGAAUUAUCAUACACAGGAAGUCCAAAACGAAAUAGCUUCUUAUAUUAAAAAGGUAAAGGACAAUGCUUACAUUUCUCCUCGCUUUGAUAGAUUCUGGUUAGAUGCCUACUCUCAGUCUUCUCAGUUUAAUAAUUCCUCCAAAUCAAGCUUUAUUAAUGGUCUUAAACAGUUUAUGCAGUAUCGCCCAGACCUCGCUAACGAUGUAGCAUUUGAUAGUUCGGAAACCUCUAUUAUUGCUUCCCGAUUUUACGUUAUGUCGGAACCUAUGCUGAGUACCACAGACAGCGGAAACUUGAUGCAAAAUGUAAGAAAACUGGCAUCCGAAUGUCAAUUCUCAGUGUUUGCGUACACCCCUGGGUUUAUUUUUUAUGAACAGUAUGUACAGAUAUUUCCAGCCACCAUGCAGACUCUGGGCAUCGCUGUUGCGGUCAUGAUGGUUGUAACAACCAUAUUUAUGCCAAAUAUAUUCCUUGUUGUCAUGGUAACCGUAACCUUGGUAAUCAUCCUGUUGGGUAUCGUGGGUUUCAUGCACUUCUUAGACCUGACCUUGAGUUCUAUUACAAUGAUUGAUCUUAUUAUGACUGUUGGAUUUUCGGUCGAUUUCACCGCCCACAUCUGCCAUGCCUACAUGUCUGUUUCGGGUAAAACAAGGAAAGAAAAGGUCCAUCAGGCACUGUCUCGGUCUGGGGGUCCAAUAUUCAAUUCUGCUUUAUCGUCCAUCUUGGGAAUUCUCAUGUUGAUAUUUUCCAAAAGUUACAUUUUCUUGUCUUUCUUUAAGCUUAUGCUAAUAGUGAUGAUUUUCGGUCUGUUUCACGCUCUAUGGGUUUUACCUCUUUUCUUGUCAAUUAUCGGCCCCAUGAUGCAUAGCGAAUCUGAAAAUGACGAAGAAAAAUCGAACGAUGAUGAAGCCAAGAUCAAACUUGAUGAAAAGAACAACCUUCCGCUUAAACAAGUAGAAGAAGGUUCCAAGGAAGAUAAAGAGCUAGGAACGUCUGCUCCCGAUAAGCAGCCGACAGAAUCGGAAAAGGCCUCCUCUGAAAAGGGUUCCGACAACGAGACCAAAGCAAACGACACCACUGGGGAUCUAGAAAAUACUGGAGACAAUGUGGUGUCGAUCAGUAUAAAGAUAGAACUUGGACCGAUUAACCCCCACCCUUCAGAAAUAGGAGAGAGAAGACUGUUGCUUACAACUGUACCAGCAAUGAAGAUAUACUCUGUUGUGUGGGCGUGCCUAGUCUGUUUGGAGGUACACGUGGCAGUGUCAUUUCCUCAGUUAGGUAACUAUGCCUGCUUAGAUAAACAGAUCGGUGAUGAUAACUGUUCGUUCUACAGACGACUGUAUGACGUCACUGAGGCUGAACUCUUCUGUUCCCAUUGGGGUCGCCAUUGCUGUCUAUCCUGCUUGGAGAUGAAAAUGGACAUGGAAAGGAGGCAGAAUAUGGAGAAACCUGAAGGAACUUCAAAAAAAGAAACGGAAGAAAUUUCUGACAGAUGUCCUCCAGUGGAUGAUGGGGAAGCUCUGUCACCGCUGGCAUCUUCCAACCCAGUCACCACAAAACGCCGUGGGAGACCACCAAAAAGUGCCAGUAAAACGGACAAGAGCCCAAAAAGUGAACAGACACCAGAGCCUAAGAGCUAUCCAAAAAGAAAUAGAAAAACUCCUGCAAGACUUCAACUUGAAGACAAAGGUGAUGAAGAAAACACAUCAACAUUAUCAUCUGCAUUGUCAUCUAAGGGUGAUAGCUCACAGAACAUUACAAAAGACACCAGUAAUGAUACAGAACUAGUGGAUAAACCAAAACAAGGAACUGGACGUAAGAGGGGGAGGCCCAAAAAAACGUCACAAGAAUCAACUGAAGAAACUCCAACACCCAAGAGAAAACGACCAUCAUUUAAAGCUGGGAAAGAUAGCGAGGAUAAAAAAGAUGACAAAAGUAAUUCUUCUUCUGUGGAAACAGGUACUAGAGGAAGACGAGGAAGCAGGAAAGUGAAGAUGGAAGAUGAUGUCAGUGAUGAUUCAGAAGAGGAGGAAGAUAAAAGUGGUAUUAAUAAAUCUAAAAGAGAAGGACAGGACAUUGAUAGUACUCCACAGUCCACGGGGAGAAGGGGGAGAAAAGUGAGUCAGAAAAAGGCAGAGAAAUCACCCAGUAUCAGCUCAGGGGAGGAAGUCAGUGAAGGAAGUGAGAGGGAGGUAACUCCUGUGGAAAAACAGAGAGGGAGGGGAAGAAAAGCGUGUCAGAAAAAGGCAGAGAAAUCACAGAGUAUCAGCUCAGGGGAGGAAGUCAGCGAUGGAAGUGACAGGGAAGUAACUCCUGUGGAAAAACCCAGAGGAAGGGGAAGAAAACCAAAGAAAACAAAAGAAGACACUGAAUCUGAAAUGACCUGCCUUCGCUGUCAAGCGAAAUUCCCGAAUUUAUACGCCCUGAAAAGCCAUUUGAUGAGAAGACAUACUGCUCUUUAUAGUACAGACUGCCCCGAGGGUAAGGAUGACAGAGCCUCAGUUCGACAGAUCUUAAAAGUCAGGAAGAUCCUCUACUGUCCCAAAUGUGACAAGGAACUGCGGAAUGCACAGUAUUACUUCAAACAUACAGAGUGGUGUGGGAGAGAGGAGGAGAUGUUCACCUGCACCAUUUGUAGCCGGAGUUGUAUGAAGAUGUAUGAAAUGGAGCAUUACAGGAACCACAGACUGGUGGAGAGGAAGGAGAAGGAACGGAAGGAACAGCUGCGUCAGCUACAGAAGAUAAAGAAGAGGGACAAGGAGGAGGAAGCUGGCACAGAUAAAGACGGCAGACGGAUACGUAAAGCAGCCAAAAAGGCAGUGCGUGUUCUGAAGGAUAUAUCAGCCAGUGGAGAUGUGUGUGCGGAGGGUGAUAGUGACGAUGACCCGGAGGUCAAACUAGACGUAGAGGAGGAAGAUGAUCAGGAGGAGGAGGAGGAGGAAGAUGUAGAUGAAGAUAUCAGCGAUGAGUCAAUGAACAGCCAAUCAGACCCUGAAGGGAUAGAGGAAGACUCUCAACCUGCCAGAAAAAGAGUAGGUGGACGGGCCAAUUGUCCUGGUAUGUUUCGUGAUGUUUACAAACACUGCUGCAAAAACUACCUUGAGAGGGUCCAGCUUAUAGACAACAUGUCUCAAGUAUUCCCCGAGUUACAGCCUGAAAAAUCUCAAUGGAUACUGCAAAAUCCCAAGGAGAUGGAGGACUUCUUGCCAGUAACAAAGGAGAGUGUUAGAUUUCAUGUCAUCUCACCAGAACAAAAAGUCACAACACCUCUCUUAAAACAACUGAAGAGAUUUAAGGCUGAGUUCAUAGCCGGCACCUACAACCUUUUUGCUGGUGGUCCUGUUUGGGGCCUUGCCUGGUGUCCUGUACCACACAAUGUCCAAUGUAACCAGUUUUUGGCUGUAAGCUGUCACAGAGAAAUGGAUGAAUGCCAUGAAACAAAGUCACUUUACUUGGGAAAAGGUGCAAUACAAUUGUGGAAUAUUGGAGAACUGAAUUCUCUGUAUCCAAAUAAUUCAAUGAGUAGUAGCGUUCCUGUCCUGGAGUUCUGUUUAUCCCACAGCUUUGGUGUUAUUUACCAGUUAUGUUGGUGUCCAAGCAAUGCCUGGGAAAACAAUGAAGAGAAGCCAUCCCUGCACUUACCAAGACUUGGGCUGUUAGCAGGAGCCUUCUCUGAUGGAAAUGUUCACAUAUACAGUAUACCUCAACCAGCCAGUUUAAAUUUAGAAAAUCACGGCAAUGAGCUGGCCGUCUUCAAACCAGAGCCAGUAUUUACUCUUCUUCCUUAUCCUGUAUCUAAACAUGAAAAGGCCUCCCCAUGCCUGUGUAUUGACUGGCAGCCAAAGUCUUGUCAGUUCUUGGCAGCUGGCUAUGGCGAUGGCUCAAUCAGAGUUUGGGAUCUGAAAUCCCAGUCUAGUCUCCUGAGGGUGGCAGUGACUUCCACUAUUAAACUUCUCCCAUUUCAUAGUACAGCCGCCCAUACUGAUUGUGUCAUGUCACUGAAAUGGUCGCCCCACGUCACAGAUAAAUUUGCCUCUUCCAGUCGUGAUCGGACAUUUGUUAUAUGGGACCUCAACAACAGGCAUUUCCCAUUAUUCAAGACUCCAGCUCAGAUGGCUUUAUCCGUUUACUGGCUGCCAUUUAAUUUUUGUGUUCUUCAAGGAAUGGAUGAUUGUUAUUCAAACCUGGAGACGUAUGUUAGAUCUGAGUCCUAUGACCACACUGUUAAUGAUGACAAUCCACUAUCAGAUCCAGUAGUGGUUCUAUCAGACUGUAUUUGGGGGUUAACGUGUUCCAACUGGCUUAUGAUUAUUCUAGCAACUAACAACACAGGAAAUGUUAUUGGAUCUGUUAUGCCUCAUCUGAAAAGGGAAGAAGUCAAGCGUUUUCAUCGCAGAACUUUGACUUUAUUUGAGACAGAGAUCCAGGAAAAGAAUUUUGAUGAAGCCCACAUCUCAGAACCAAAGGAGCAUCUUAAAACAGAGAAAGGAAAAAAGAAAAACGUAGAUUCAACAGUCUUCAAUUCUUAUGAAAGUGGAAGGAAUAAGAUAUACCUGGAAUAUAGAGAAUAUGAUGCAUUACAGCCUAAAAAGAAAAUUCCAAAGAUCACAGUUGCUGCAGAUGACGUCAGAAGCUUAGCUUUCCGUGCCGUAUAUAGGAUUGAGAUGAAUCCGAACAUCCAGAGUUGUGUUUGGGUGGCCUCAGGAGGACAGGCCGGUAUUGUCAGGAUCCAUAACGUGGUUCAACAUUUAAUACCCACCGCUGUGCAAGAUCUAAAGGAUGUACGCAGUUCUCUUAAUAUGACCUAAAAAUAAAUUCUAUCUGUUUUAAA